AGUGGUGUAAGAAAAAGAAGAUGUGUCUUACAGAAAUGUGAAAGAUUCACAUCAUUUUGUAGAUUUUUAUUCGAUUCGAAUCACUCAAUAUAGUUUUUGUAACGUAAUUAUAUGUAUAUAGAGAAAACAAUGUAACGUCAUCAUUUUUGAGGAAGAAAUAUUAAUACAGAACAGAGUUUCCCUUUGCUUUAUCUCUCUCUCUCAUACUCUGCCCAGAACAAUGGUGGUUCCUCCAAAACCCUCUCUGUUUCACUGGAGAUUUCUGACCGGAGUCAAACCACUUCUUACGCUUGACGAUGAGCUCUUACGUAAUCACACGAAAGUUUUGCUAAGAUCAGACGCGUCGGACAGAAUAUGGAAAGUGAAACUGGACGGCAACAGGCUUGCCGGCGGCUGGGAAGAGUUCGCCGCCGUUCAUAGUUUCAGUGAAGGGGACGUCUUGGCUUUCAGACACGAUGGAGAAGAGAUCUUUCGUGUAGCUGUUUCCGGUGAAUCUGAUGAUAAUGAGUCCGAUGAUACUGACGACAGUGAAUCUGAUGAGUCCGAUGAUGUAGAAGACGAAGAUAAUGAUGAAGGGGACAUUUUGGUGGAAAAGAAUAAGAAACCAGAAGCAGAUACUUCAACAGGCGACUCUUGUUUCCUCAGAGCUAGUGUCACACCUUCUAGCCUCAUCGAUGAUCGCUUGGAUUUUUCUGAGGAUUUUAAGGUUAUGUCGUUUAAUAAACAAAACAAAUGUGAGAUAUAUUUAGUUAAUGAGAAGGGAAGAAAAUGGACACUUAUUCUUUCAAGAAACAUCUCAAGUGGUGCGUUUUACAUCAGACGAGGCUGGGCUAACUUUUGCUCAGCUAAUGGGUUAAGUCAAGGUGACAUAUGUUACUUUAAACUUUCCGAAAGUGGAGAAAGGCCUGUGCUCUUGUUGUGUUCACAUGAGUCAGGCAAUGGUCAUGAAGACAAAGAAGAAGAGGAAGAAGAAGAAGAAGAAGAAGAAUUCCCUGAAGCAGAUGCAGUGAAGAUAUGUUCUGUAGGCUGCAGCAAAGAAAAGAAUACUCCUUCCCGAUUACUGACAUCAGAGUUUACACCCAACCGUUUCAAGACCGGGCAACUAACUAUUUCAUCGGUUUUCUUGCGUGAGAGUGGCAUUAACAAGUCUAUGGAGAUAACUCUGCUGAACAAAGAUGGAAGAAAGUGGUCAUCUUAUCUACAGAUGUCAGGACAACGCGGACGUGAAAUGUUUUAUAUGAGAAAAGGUUGGAGAGAGAUGUGCAAAGCGAAUGGAGUUGAAGUGAAUGACUCAUUCGUGUUGGAGUUGAUAUGUGAAGAUGCAACCCCUGUAUUUAAGUUCCACUCUAAGAUUGAAAACAAGGAAAAAGGAGAUACUGUGGAAAAGACUCCAGAAGUGAGCAAGAGAGGACACGCUAGGGUUUUAAACAGAUCUAACAGUAACUUGAAGCGCAAGCAACCAGAAUCUUGCUCAGUCUCUGAUCAAGUUGCUAACGUGAAACAAAGCAUUCAAGAUACUCUGAACACCAUCAGACAUUUCAAGGCGGAGCUCAAGACAAGGGAGAAUAAUCUAGAAGCUUCACUACUGGAAGUUGACGACUUGGGGGAGAGGAUAUUGGGAAUCAGCAAAAUUCUAAACAAUAAUCUGGUUUAAAGUAAAAUUAAUUAGCAGGAAAAAGGAACAAAAGGCUAUCUGCAUGCACUUUUUGUAUCAUGGUUUUCACAAGAACGGCUUCGUCCUCCGGACUAUGUUAGGUCCUUUUCAGUAUUUAAGACUUUAAAGCUCUAGAGACUGCCCUUUUCUUGGUGCCUUUGUUCGGUUCAAUGGCUCACAAUGUUUGUAUAUUUGAAGGGCUUGUGACUUAUGUUUUUGCUUU